AUGCCUACUGCUCCUUUAACCCCCGAGCCUACACCAGCUAAAUCGUUGGCAACAAAAGCUGCUGCGGCAGUAAAGCCACCAGACGCUCUUCUCCUUACUCCUACACGGCCAAAGCGAGCAAGAAAAGCCGCUCCUGUACACGUCCCCGAAUGCGAGAAGACUGGCAACGACCACCCUAGGAACUCCCUCUACUUUCCGCAACUGACCGACCUGUCAGUACAGCUUGCUGGCGUGUUCCGACAUCUCAGUUUGGACUAUAUCAAUGUGGCUACGUACAACAAGACCGAUACUCUCCUUGCACGGAGACUGUUGGAGAGAGACGUUAAGGAGUAUCGCAAGCGUAUAGCAACCGGUUCAGCUCGAGUUCAACAGAACACUGUCCUUCGAGCCCUUAUCCUGUUCUCUUCUUGCAGCCACCACGCUACGCAAUACUUGGAACAUAGCGCAGAUGACCGGAUUGCUUGGUUGACACAGCUGAACACUGAAGGAGUAUGGCUUAAGCCCUUGUGGGAGAAGGACGCCGCAACACGGAUGGUGGGCUUGAUGGAGCAAAACAACCAGGAUCUCUCAAUGUUCUGCCCCCUAGAAGUCGUGUACAGUGUUGUAUAUAACUCUUACUUUCUGAUGCUGUUUGCUCGGUAUGAGUACAGCGAGUUGAGUGAGGAGUUGCGUCUACUAGAUGCUGCACCGUACUCAUGGCAUGACUUAUCAGCCCUCCGAAAGGAGUAUUUCCGUUCGAAUUGUGCUGGGGAGCUCCCUCUCGAUAAAGCUGUAUAA